GGGGUAAGGAAGGAGGGAUUUUGUUUUCUUGUUGAAAACCAGUAGUAAAUAUUGAAGAAUACUAGGUCAAAGUGUAUAAAGUGGGAUUCAUUCGCCGUAGAAAUUCUCUAGUUUUGUUCUUCCCAUUAAUGCCUCCGAACCCAGAUGACUUCUCAUGAGGAAUGACCUUCAAUCGAACCUGCUCUCUGCUCAACACUAAGAUUUGUAAGCUUUCGAUUCAUCUCCUUCUCUACUUCUAAAUGCAAAGCUUUCCAGAGCAUUUCUUCUGGGUUUAUACCCAUUUCAAAAUCGAAUGCAAGAUGAGCAAAUCCUGCUCUUUUGAUUCUUGAGUAUUGGGUAUUGGAUUAGUUUUAAUGGGUUCGUGAGAACUCCUUCGAUAGAUGCGAAGUGGGAUCCCUUCUUUGUUCAAACCUUCUAUUGCCUCUGGUUCGGAAUGGAACUUCCUCUGUUUACAACAUUGAAAAGGUUUCCGUAUUCGGAUUUCUAAAGAAUCUUUAACUUGUUUGACCAUCGUAUUGACGGAUUGGGUCUUUUCUGAUUCUCUUAAUUUAACGGACUUGGCUUCUGCAAUGUUGGACAAAAGCAUGCUUCCGACUAGAAUAUUUUUAUACUUGAUAACCAUGUCUAUGUUCCUUCUAAUUCUUUCUUCUCUAUUCAUUCUACAAUCCAACUGCAAUUCAUUCUUACCCAGUUCAGUUCUCAAGUUCAUUGUUGUUAACAAUACUUCAAGUUACCUAAAACACAAUGUGGACAAUGAACCAAUGGAGCUUCCUACGCUACCUGUGGAAGCUCCCCCAGUGGAAUUCGAAGUAGCCAUUAGAGAUAGGGAUAUGGAUUAUUCAGUUUCUAACCAGACAGACUUGGCCUGUGAUCCUGCGAAGGCUCGUUUGAGAGUAUUCAUGUAUGAUCUUCCGCCUUUACUUCACUUUGGGUUAUUGGGGUGGAAGGGAGAAAGGGAUCAAGUUUGGCCUAAUCUCAGUAAUAGAAGUCAAAUCCCAUCAUACCCAGGUGGGCUGAAUUUACAGCACAGUAUGGAAUACUGGCUUACACUUGAUCUUUUAUCAUCAAAUGUCCCAAAUAUUGGUCAUACUUGCACAGCGGUUAGGGUAAAGAAUUCAAGUCAAGCAGAUGUGGUGUUUGUGCCAUUUUUCUCAUCCUUGAGUUACAACAAACAUUCUAAAUUACUUGGGAAGGAGAAAAUCAAUGUGAACAAGAUAUUGCAGCAUAAGUUGAUCCAUUUCUUGUUUGGUCAGAAGGAGUGGAGGCGAGUGGGUGGAAAGGAUCAUCUCAUAGUUGCUCACCACCCGAAUAGUAUGUUGGAUGCGAGAGAGAAACUGGGCUCGGCCAUGUUUGUGCUAGCAGAUUUUGGAAGGUACCCAGCUGCCAUUGCAAAUAUUGAAAAAGAUAUUAUUGCUCCUUACAGACAUGUAGUGAAGACAGUUCCUAGUACCAAAUCUGCCACAUUUGACGAGCGUCCUAUUUUGGUGUAUUUUCAAGGAGCUAUAUACAGGAAGGAUGGGGGAGUAAUUCGCCAAGAACUAUAUUACCUUCUGAAAGAUGAGGAAGGCGUUCAUUUUACUUUUGGAAGUGUCAAGGGAAAUGGAAUCAACGAGGCAGGCCAAGGAAUGGCCUCAUCCAAGUUCUGCCUCAAUAUUGCAGGAGACACCCCAUCAUCAAACCGACUUUUCGAUUCCAUUGCAAGUCAUUGUGUUCCUGUUAUUAUAAGUGACGAUAUUGAGCUGCCAUAUGAAGAUGUAUUGGACUACUCAGAGUUUUGCGUCUUUGUUCGAGCAGCUGACUCUUUAAGGAAAGGCUAUCUACUGAAUCUUCUUCGUGGAAUCGGACGAGAAAGGUGGACAAAGAUGUGGGAUAGAAUAAAGGAAAUUGUGCAUGAAUUUGAAUAUCAGUAUCCGUCUCAAAGUGGUGAUGCUGUUGAUAUGAUUUGGCAAGCAGUGUCACGUAAAGUGUCGAAGAUAAAAUCUAACCGGAAUUGGAAGAGGAAGAACAGGUACCAAAGAUCUGAACUUCUCCUAAAGAACAGUUGAUGAUGAAUUCAGUAAACAUAAAGUUUUGUAGUCACUGAGAUCUAUCAUCCUUUCUCCAUAUUGCUAUGGACAUGAAUCUUUUAACUGAAAACAUAGUAGUAUUGAGAUUAUAGGCUGUCUAUAGUUGAUCUGUACUCAAUAUUCGCUCACUUAACUUGUAAAGUUCAUUGCAGCCUUGGACCUUAUCAUCUUCAAACUUGUUCAGCCUUGGCUUAUCCCUUAAGAAUUGUGGUUACUGAAGUUUA